AUGGUGUUCCUCGGCAUAUAUCGCGCCAUCUACGACUAUGAGCCCCAGAGCGACAAUGAGAUCGCCCUGAACGAGGGCGACAUCUUGAUGGUGCUGGAGAAGUCGACCAUCGACGCCUGGUGGAAAGCAAAGAAGAAGGGGCGCGAUGGCGACGAGGAAGAGCCCGAGGGCUUGAUCCCGAACAAUUACAUUGAAGAGGCCGCCCCAGUCGCACAAGCCAAAGCCCUCUUCGAUUACGACCGCCAGACGGACGAGGAGCUCUCGUUCAAGGAGGACGCCGUCCUAGACGUUUACGAUACCACCGACCCGGACUGGACGCUGGUCGGAGUCGCAGACGACUAUGGCUUUGCGCCCGCGAACUAUAUCGAGCUCACUGAAGAGGGAGCAGCGGCAGGAGCACCAGCUGCGCCAUCUCCCGCGCUGCCUAGUCGCCCGCCCAUGCCACCAGCGACCGACUCUUUCGACGACGAUCAGCCGCCUACUCCAGACACGCCUCCACAACCGAGUCCGGCUGCGGCCCUGGCUGGCAUCAUACAGAAGAAGUCGCAAGAGGCAGCACCGCGAUCGACUAUUUCUCCUCCGCCCAACGUAAGCGCGCCUCCGCGACAGCAACGACGCGUGCAAUUUACCCCGGAAGAGUCGGACGAAGAAGUGCCAGCACCCCGUCUUCCCCAGCGACCCGAGUCCGAAGUCUACUCACCUCCGCCUACCCAAUACGCACACGCGCGAUCCCCAUCGCCCCCAGUCAGAUCGCCACCGCCCCGAAGCGUCACGUUCGACCAAUAUGAUCCUCCGAGCAGGGACGAGCAGCCCGCGACACCCAUGUCGGGGUCGGGCUACCAUCUGUACAACAUCUACGAGUACAUUACACAGCCAGGCAAGAAUAAGAAAAUGCCCAUCACCCUGGGUGUCAACAUCCCGAAAGGAAUGAUCAUGAUUGCACCCGAGAAGUCGCGCGACGGACCGCAACAGGAGUGGAGCGCUGACAAGAUGGAGUACUACUCGCAAGAAGGCAAACACAUAUUCAUGGAGCUGAAGCAGCCAAGCAAGAGCGUCGACUUUCACUGUGGUGCUAAAGACACCGCAUCAGAGAUCAUGCUCGCCCUUGGUGAGCUUGCAGGAGCGGCUAAGAGCGCAGGACUUCGCGAAGUACUCGCUGCUGGCUCCGGAAACUCCAAUGUGCAGAAGAAGGGAGUUAUGCUUUUUGACUUCAUGGCACAGGGUGAUGACGAAGUUACCGUUGGUCUCGGCGACGAGAUCUUAGUCCUCGACGAUUCCGCAAGUGACGAGUGGUGGAAAGUCAGGCGGCUGAAGAACGGCAAAGAGGGUGUGGUACCAGCUAAUUACGUUGAGGUCACAGAAACCGUCCCCAUACACGCUCCCGCAGCUGCCAUCGCUCGAUCGGGAACCAACGCUGGCCGAUCCGUUGUCGAACAGAAUAGGCGGGAGGAGGAAGAGCUUGCUCGCCAGGCUGCGAGACGGAAGAAGCCAGAAAGUGAGGCAAGGAACGAUCAGAGAUCAUCAAGCAAGCGCGAAAGCUCCGCAAAGGACUCGAGUUCAAAGUCCGGCUCCAAACCAAAUUCCGCCAAGGUACGCACUUGGACCGACCGAUCCGGAUCGUUCAAGGUCGAAGCAGAGUUCAUUCUCAUCAAGGAUGGCAAGAUCCACCUACACAAAGUCAAUGGCGUCAAGAUCGCCGUACCUGUCACAAAGAUGUCAGUAGAAGACCUCGAGUACGUUGAACGCGUCACAGGCGAGUCUCUAGAUGACGACAAACCCCUAUCGGAUUUGAAGAGGAGGAGCAUGCAACAGCCUCGUGGGAAGGACUCAGGUCCAACCGGUAUUUCCGUCGAGAAGAAGCCGGAAUACGACUGGUUCGACUUCUUCCUCAAGUGUGGUGUCAACCCACAGAUCUGCGAACGAUAUGCCAGGGCAUUUACCAAGGACGAGAUGACAGAAGAAAACAUUCCAGACAUCACUCCUGGGCUUCUGCGUACGUUGGGUCUCAAGGAAGGUGACAUUCUCCGUGUGACCAAGCACUUGGACGCGCAGUUCGGAAGAGAUAAGCGAAGUGUUAGCUUUGCUGAAGAGGGAGGAGAAGGAGCUUCUGGUGGACUGUUCUCAGGUCCAGGAGGUGCACUGAGAAAUAACACCCGAAAGGGACGUCCUGCACCACCGGUCGAGACGAAUGAUGUCGUUGAUCCAAAGGCGUUUGAACCGAAGUCCGAUGACACCGUUAAGAAGCCCGCAGACGGGACGUCAGCAGCGACAUCUGAUAAGACAGCGAACGGGUUUGACGACAAUGCGUGGGAUGUCAAGCCAUCCAAGUCAACAUCUGACAAGACAGCAUCUCCACCUGCAGCACAAGCCCCUGCCGCAAAACCACCCCAGCUGACUGGAUCCAUGAACGAUUUGUCUCUUCUAGAUAUGCCUGCACUCAAGCCUGACGAGAUCGCGCAGCCAACGCCUCCUGCUCCCGCACCUCAGCCAGCACAAGCACCUGCUCAACAGCCUCCAGCACCCGUUCAGCAACCGCAGCCAACAGGCGCUACUCCUACCCUUUUCGAGCAAGUUGCAGCUAUCAAGGCCCUUACCCAACCUCACAACAUGGCCCCACCGCGCAUGCGCCCACAAGCCCCCCAGCAGCAGGGUCCUGGAGGUCUCAUUGCUCCACCGCCGCAGCGUUCUUCCUCUGCCCCUAUGAACCCACAACAAAGUGCUUUCGGUCCCCCACCACCCCUACAACCUCAGCUCACAGGUUACAACCCCAACCUCAUGGGUCAAAACUCUGGACAAGGCCAAGGCAUGCAGGGUAUGCCACCAAUGCAACAGCAAAUGACAGGCUUCCCACAGCAAAAUGGCGGUUUCGGGUUCCAGCAGAACGGCAUGAUGCCUCAACCCACCGGCUACAACUCCAUGUCCCCACCCCAGCAGCAGCCUAUGCAGACUGGAUUCGCCCAAUACCAACAACAGCAACCAACCGGCUUUCAGCAGCCCAUGCAGACAGGUUUCCAGCAGCAGCAGCCACACUUCACACAAGGUUUCGGGAAUGGCAGCCCUUUUGCCGACCCACCACGGGCACCUUUCCAGCCACUACAGGCUCAGCCUACGGGGUACAACUCGUUCCAACCAUCGCCGCUUAACCCCCAGGCGACUGGCGUCAACCGCUUCCUGCCUCCGGCCCUUGCGCCACAGCCGACUGGCUACAUGUCGAACCAAAGCCCGCCGCCUGUCCCUCCCAUGCCGCCAAUGCCCCAAGCGCAGCCUCUGGUGCCCCAGAAGACUGGCCCACCGCCGACCAUCAAAUUUGGUGUACAGCCCGCGAAGAAACUAACGCCCCAGCCGACGGGGAGGGCGAACCUUGCCAACGCCACACCCCAAAACCCGUUCGGCUUCUAA